AUGGCAUCCGCAGACCGACCCCAAUUCUCGGCUGAGCAGUUCUUUGCCGAGCAACCACCACCCGUGAGGCUGCAGGAGCACCUUAACGCCGUCCAGGCCUUUGUUGAGCGCAAUGCUUCGGCUGGACGGAGGGUCGUACUCGUCACCGUGAGUCAUACCUUCAUUCUGAAACCUAAAACACCGUACUUGACCCCGAUGAAUUAAUACUUGGCAAGCCCUCGCGGCUCGAUCGCUCGUUUGGCUGAACUUGACUCUCUGGACAUUCAGAGCGGAGGCACUACGGUCCCUCUUGAACACAACGUGUCAGUCAUCCCAGAGCAUGCAUAUAAACGUUUCAAAUUUCCAGCAGAUCUGACCCGCGUUCACUCUCCUCGGUCGUACAGUGUCCGCUUUCUCGACAAUUUUUCCGCCGGCACUCGGGGCUCAGCUUCGGCCGAGCAUUUCCUCCGCACGGGAGACUAUGCCGUCAUCUUCUUGCACCGACAACACUCGCUUCAACCUUUCUCUCGCCACUACUCGCAUUCGACCAACCCCUUCCUCGAUCUGUUGACGAUCGUCAACGACCACGAGCGCGCGUUCCGAGUUCCCAGCAAGGACGACAACGACGGCUUCUUGUUCCCUCCCGUUCCGGCCGUCGGGACCGUCUCGGCGCCGCUGUCCCGACGACCUUCUGCAUUGGAUGGAUCCGACUAUAGAACUCUGCCCAAGUCACCCGUGACGUCGGACGGGUCACCGCAGAUCCAGAUCCCGCCACCGCACUUGGAACCGAUGCUCUCCCUGCUGAGGUCGUACAAGCUCGUACAAAAGAUGCAGAUCCUCUACUCGAUACCGUAUACGACCAUUGACGAGUAUCUGUGGUACCUAAGAGGCGUCAGUCGCGUCAUGGGAACCGCCAAGGAUUCGCAAGGGCAGGCGCUGGGCAGGAGAGGCAUGUACUACUUGGCAGCAGCCGUGUCGGAUUUCUUCAUCCCGUCUCAGCGAAUGGUCAGUGGGGCAAAGUGAACCCGUUGAAUAUGGAAUCAGCAUUGGCUCACCGGGGGGGCUUCUCCUACGCAUUCACACGCAGAGCACACAUAAAAUCCAGUCGGGCAAAGGCUCGCUCGUCAUCGAAAUGGAUCAAGUUCCAAAAGUGCUCAAAGCAAUGGUCGACGAAUGGUCUAACGACGGGUUUAUUGUUUCCUUCAAGGUGAGUAGAUCCUCGGGGACGAUCAUUCCAACCUGACAGCAUAGCGAAACACCAUCUAAACCACUCCAACCCUUCAUAACCUUUCGUCCAGCUCGAAACCGAUCCCGCUAUCCUGAUUCCAAAAGCUCGAGCCGCGCUCGAGCGCUACGGCCACCAAUUGGUCAUCGGCAACACGCUCACCAACCGCAAGCACGAGGUCAUAUUCGUGCAUCCUUCUGGUGAAGAAGACUGGCUAAGGAUAGAAUCACCGACCGCUUUGGGGGAAGGGGAAGCGGUUAGGGAGAUAGAGGAGGACAUCAUCGCGAGACUGGUGGGGCUGCACGAGAGGUGGAUCGAUGGGAAGGGGGCUUGA